UAACAGAAUACAAAAUUUAAAUCAAUAACGUCUUUUGCGCGCCAUCUUUCAAGCCAAUCAGCUGUUGGCAUCAAUAACAAGGUGGCAAGGCUAUUUAUCUCAGACAGCUGUUUGGCGUAAGAUCCGGCAACGCCGUUAAUAGCACAAUAUUUGUAUACAGCGUAAAUAGGCCGGUGGUGCAUUUUUUAUAAAUUGAAGCUGAUUAAUGCAUUGCAAAAUGCGGUUACUGGUCAUUGCACUUUAUUUGAUUAGCUGCUUGCACUUUGGUCAAGCCAAUAUAACAGACGGCAACAACGACAACAACAAUGACAAUGGCAAUAUUCUGCCCGUGGUACUGUGGCAUGGCAUGGGCGACACUUGUUGUUUUCCCUUCAGCCUGGGCUCCAUUAAGAAGCUGAUAGAGGAGCAUACGAACGGCACCUACGUGCGUUCCUUGGAGAUAGGCGCCAAUAUCGUUUUGGAUUAUGAGAGUGGCUUCUUUAUACAUCCGAACAAGCAGGUCGACUACGUCUGUCAGCAGCUGGCACGAGACGAAAAGCUGGCCAAUGGAUACAAUGCCAUUGGCUUCUCGCAGGGCGGUCAAUUUUUGCGAGCGCUGGCACAGCGUUGUCCCACGCCGCCAAUGCGAGUGCUCAUCAGCUUAGGCGGCCAGCAUCAGGGCGUCUAUGGAGUGCCCAAGUGUCCCACGCUAAGCGUCAGCAGCUGCGAGUAUAUUACCAGGCUUCUAAACUAUGCUGCCUAUGAUGAGAGGGUCCAGAAUGGUCUGGUGCAGGCUACCUACUGGCACGAUCCACUGCAUGAGAAUAGCUAUCGGCUGAAGAGCAGCUUUCUGGCAGACAUCAACAACGAGCUGUACAUUAAUGAACGCUAUGCAGAGAAUCUUAACAGGCUUAAAAGAUUUGUUAUGGUUAAAUUCCUCAACGACACCAUUGUGCAGCCUAAGGAGUCGCAGUGGUUUGAAUUCUAUGCACCUGGUCAGGACAAACACAUACUGCCGCUAAGCGAAAGCAAAGUUUUUAAGAAUAUUGGGUUGGAGGAAAUGAAACUACGUGGGAAGCUACAGUUUCUCAGCGUCGAAGGCGAUCAUCUGGCCAUAUCAAAGGAGUGGUUUAUCAAGGAACUGGUGCCGCUUCUUCUGAAACUAGAAUGAAGAUUACGCCAAGCAUGACGGCUUUGAUGGCUCAUGCGGGCAAACAAAGAAGCUUUACUAGCGUAUUUUAUAGCUGAGUAACGCACGAUAUAGAACAUAUGUACAUUAUAUAUGCUUGAUUUGAUUAUAUAUAUAUAUAUAUAUAUAUAUAUAUAUAUAUAUUAUAUAUAUAAAAUUAGUAAUUUCAAAGUUCAGGUUUGCAUACAAAAUAGAUUUGCCUUAUUUAAAAUAUUAUACAUACAUAUUUAUUAGCUUUGUUAAGGUUGUAAGCUAUUAUUAUUAAUAUUAAUAAACAUUUCUGGGAAAUAUUCAAUGCAAGGCAGUCGCGUGUUCCGACUAUGAUUCAUAUAUUACGAACUUGACGUCUACAUACAUAUAUUUAUAUUUAUAUAUAGGAAUAUAUAUUAUGUAUAUAUAUAGCUAUGUACACGGGGCAACUAACAAAAGCUUAUUGACAACCAUAGAAUUAUAAAGAUUUACAUUUGACAUUCAAUUGAUUAAAGCAAAACAAGUGGAUAACCACAACCAGCACAGAUCCAGUGCAGCACAGAUUCCUAUGGGUGCGGAAAAUAUUAUUGUUAUAGGUCUUUCGGAGUAGGACUUCUUCUUCUUUUUUUGGUAGAUGCACCACAUCAUGGCAUUAGCAAGCACAUCAUAACUUGGACUUUGUAUUUGUAUU